AUGGCUGCCGCUUUAGUGCACCCGGGACAACCGUGGCAUUUGGGCGAGCGCACCUUGCAACUGCAGCAGAAGACGGUGGCAUCGAGUGAUGAGAUGGGACCGCGCAUCUACCACAAGGUUCGGUCGAAGUGCUGGAAGUGGAAGGUCAUUCCAGAGAGCUACCAAGACAUGAUCAGCCCCCAGCCGCACUUCAUGGCUUCCUUCUUAGGGGAGGAUGGACGUGUCUGGCCCUCCGCCUUUUUCGCUCCGCCGGGCUUUGCGCUUCCGCAGCACGGUGGGCGUCAGAUCCAACUGAACGCCCAGCUGGACCCGAGGGAUGGGGCGGCGGUGAACGGGUUAGCCACCUGGCGAAACGGGGAGAUUGCUGGGGAGCUGGGGAUUAAGAAAGCAGACACGCCUCAAGCUGCCACAAACGGCUGGAACAAGGUGAAGAAUGGCACUUUGAUGGGCGGUGUGACCAUUGACUUCAUGUCGCGGCGCCGGAAUCGCUUCAACGGCCAGCUGGAGCUUAACGGCUCGGGGAACGCCAUGAAAAUCCUGCAGGCCUUUGGCAACUGCCCGAAGUACAUCACCCGGCGGCGCCUGCGACGCACGGGGCAGAACUUGGGAGGUGUCACCGCAGGUGAGGCUCAGCAGUACCAGCAGCUGAGCAGCGAGGAUGCGGCGCUGUUGGAGAAGACGGAUAUGAUGUACCUGGGCACGGGACAUCCGGAGCAUGGUGCAGAUAUGAACAUCCGAGGAGGUCAAGCCGGUUUCAUGCGCUCAUUGGCCGAUGGUCAAUUCUUGGCCUGGCCGGACUAUGUGGGGAACGGUUUCUAUAUGAGCUUGGGCAACACCAAGCUGAACCCACAGGCCGGUGUGCUGGUGGUGGACUGGGACGACACUGGCCGCGGACUGCAGAUCCUGGGGAAGACGGAGACCUAUGAACGCGAGGAGAUCCAGCAGGGCCAGGUACCAGCUGCUCUGGUUCCAGGCUUGCAAGCCAUGUUGGAAGAUGAACCGCAAGCCUUGCGUUUGGUCGUCAUCAAGGUGGAGAUUGUCCGUAGCAUCCCGCAGUACUGUCCGCACCAGUACGAGAAAGUGGAGCUCAGUCCCUACAACCCCACACCGAUGCGGGAGUUGAAGUCGGGAGCCAAGAGCCACGAGUUCGACGCCAGGGUGCAGUGGGCGAAACCCGAAUCUGAGGAUGUGAUCACUUUCGAGUUCCAACUGGCCCCUAUCCCACGGCCAGGCUCUCUGAAGUUGAAGGCCGGUCAGCAUGUGCGCCUGGGAAUUCCCGCCUUAUCCAAGGAUGGCAUGCCCGUGGAGCGCACUUGGACGGUGACCAGCGAGCCCAGCUGGUUCCACGAGCAUGGCCGCUUUCAGAUCAGCGUCCAACAUAAGAAGGAUGGUUUGGUAACACCCUUCCUGCACCAGAAGCUGGCCUUGAACAAGGUGGAGGAAUCCGAGAGUGUCUUCAUCUUCCAUGGCUUCUCAGGCGAAUUCUCGCCCCUGCUGGAGCCCAGCGGCGAGUACCGCCUACAGAAGCAGCUGCCGAAGCACAUCGUCUUCUUCGCCGGCGGCAUCGGCGUGACGCCGGCCAUCGCAGCGUUGAAAGGCAUCAUCGACCAGCCCGGCGAGGAACGCGCGGUCCCCGAAAGCUUUACACUCUUCUACAGCUUCCGAGACCUUCGCAACGCCGCCUUCUUGGGCUAUUUGUUGAAGCAAGUGCAAGGCGACCUGCAGGCUGUGGCGCCUGAGACGAAGCUGAAGGUCGUGAUCAAUAUCACCAAUAAGGAUGCCAAGAUGAUGAUCGACCAGCUACACGCCUCAGCAUCUGGGACUUUGCUGGGAGCUCUGCCCGUGAAGGCGCUGACGGGUCGCCAGGACGUCCUGCUGCUGCCCGGACGCUUAGAGUCCUUCAAGGAACAUUUGCCCUUCACCGGCAAUGACGUGGAGGGUUUCGUCUGCGGCCCUGCAGCCUUUGAACAAGCCGCCUUGGGCCUUUGGUCCGCGGCCGGGUUGCCUGCUGGCAAGUUGCGCACAGAGAGUUUUGCCUACUAA